AUGCUGACCAAAAUUCUAGAAAAAUGUUCUGAACGGCAAUUAUAUCCAGAUCCAACUAGCUUUCAUGUAGAUUUUGAAAAAUCUGUAAUCAACGCAGUGAAAUCUGUGUUGGGAGAGCAUGUGUGUAUUAAUGGCUGUUUUUAUCAUCUUACACAAAGUACACACAGAAUGAUUCAAAAACUUGGCCUAGAACAAAUAUACAGAGAAGAUGAAAGUUUUAGUGAGUUUUGUAGAAAACUGGAUGGGUUGGCAUUUUUACCUUUAGAAAUGGUUAAAGAUGGGAUGGCUCACUUAAAGAAUAUAAUGCCAGAUCAUGCCAAUGAGCUAGUUGAUUAUUUUGACAAAACUUACGUAAAUGGGACUUAUAGACAGAUAGGUAUUCCAGGAGAGACUAAUAUACGUUUUAGAAAUUGUCCACCACUAUUUCCACUUGAACAGUUAUAUAUGUAAUAUUUAUAUAUGUAUACAAUAUGACCAAUAAUGUGUAAACAAUUUUUAAAUAAUACCUAAUUUAUACUUUAAUUUUAAUUGUUAUAUAUUUAAUUAUUUUAAUUUGACUUUUUUUCCGUGGCUUAUUUUUCCCAUGGCUUUUUUUUUUGUGGAUUAUUUUUCCCGUGGCUUUUUUUUAUUGGCUUUUUUUUCCCUAGAUUUUUUUUCCGUGGCUUUUUUUUCCUACAUUCAUACACAAUUAUGCUUUACGCCUUCACCACAGUAUGACAAUCGACAAUAAUUAUAUUUUAUACAAUAUAUAAAAAUAUAGAUUUAGCACCUUUACCUCGGUUAUUUUAGAUAAAAAUUAAAAGGUAGGUACACUGUUUUAAACAAAACUUUUUCUUUUAG